UUUACAAGCCAAACAAGAUUACAAAUAUGAUAAAUUUCAAUUCCAAUUCCUUUAAUGAAUUUUAAUUCUUUCAAAAAUAAACGACUGUAAAGAUUUCUUACUUUUCAAAACAUUUUGGGAGUCAGGAGAGACUUCACCGACCUUUCCCGUUGGCGACCUCUAUCUUCUGUUGGCCUUCUCUACCAUUUUACAAUUUUUUGAUACAUAAAAAUUUACCCACAUCAAAUCUUGAUAAAAAUUUCUAACAAAAACACCUUACAUGAUGACAGUGUUACUAUUAAAAAUCCCAUUUUGAUUCGAAAGGGGAGGUAUUCUGUUUAUCAUUUCAGUCAGGCAUUUCAACAAACACCUGAUUAGCAAACACUUCCAAUUUCUCUAUGGCAACCCAGCUUAUAAAACCUCUAACCAAAUCAUUCAACAAUCUUUACUGUCUAUUCACAUCCUCACAUUUACGACUAAUGACAACCAGCAAACGUGUUCAAGACCGAAGCCAACAGAAACGAGUCCACGCCCUUGAAAUCGCAGUCGAAAAACACAAAAUUGCCUCGAAAAUCUUGUUUUUAUUGGAGCUUUUAAAGCAUGAACCCCAACAAAUCAUACCCAUUAGGUCCCUUGACCAACACAGACGUUCACUAAACUUGCCAAAACCACAUAAAUUAUCCGACUUUAUUCGAAAAUCUCCAAAAUUGUUUGAAAUGUAUAAGGACCAUAGGGGUACCACGUGGGUCGGGUUAACGAAAAAAGGCGAAGAAUUGGUUGAAGAAGAAGAGAGAUUGAUUGCAGAGAAUGAAGAAAAGGCGUUAGAACAUGUUACUAGGUUGUUGAUGAUGUCUGUGACAAAGAUUCUACCUUUGGAUAAAAUAGCACAUUUUAGGAGGGAUUUGGGGUUACCAUAUGAUUUUAGGAAGAAUUGGGUGUAUAAAUAUCCAGACGUUUUUCGGGUUUUUAAAAAUGAGGAUGAAGUUGAGUACUUGAAGCUUGUUUCUUGGAACCCGGCUUGGGCUGUUACAGAAGUUGAAAAAAAAGUUCUUGGUGUUACGAAAACGGAUGAUCAUGUUCCGGGUAUGCUGUCGUUGCCAUUUCCGAUGAAGUUUCCUCCUGAUUACAGGAAAGUGUAUAGGUAUAGAGGGCCGAUUGAACAUUUUCAAAAAAGGGAGUAUCUUUCUCCAUAUGCAGAUGCAAAGGAGCUCAAGGCGGGGUCGGUUGAGUUUGAUAAACGAGCAAUUGCGGUAAUGCACGAGGUGUUAAGCUUUAUGAAUGAGAAACGGUUGGUUACUGAUCAUUUAACUCACUUUAGGAGGGAAUUUGUGAUGCCCCAAAAGUUAAUGAGGAUAUUAUUGAAGCAUUUUGGGAUAUUUUAUGUUUCUGAAAGAGGGAAAAGAUUUAGUGUUUUCUUGACGGAAGCUUAUGAAGGUUCUGAGUUAAUUGAGAAAUGCCCGUUGGUUGUUUGGAAGGAGAAAGUUGUGAGUCUUACUGGUUAUAGAGGAAGGAAGAAAAAGAUUGAAACUUUUGAUGAUCUGGCUGAUUUGGAGGAUGUUGAUUUGUUUGAGAGUGAUUCCGAGGAUGAAAACAUGAUUCGGGUAGAUAAAUCUUUUAAAGAAGAGGAGACUAUGAGUGAUGCUGCAGAUGAAGUGGUUCCACAUUACUCUGAAAUGGACAUUGGAGAAGUUUUGAAAGCUUAUAAAGAUACGUAAAUGUAGUAAGGUUUGUGUUCUUUUAGCGCUUUUAGUUACAUCACAUAGCUUUAGCAUACUAUUGAUCCGCUUUAAGCUCAUUUUCUACCUUUCAUUGAAUGACUAAGUAAUUUUUUGAUAAUAGUGUUAUUAAAGACAA